AUGCCCGGCUCGGUCGUGACCGUGCAGCUCGGGCAGUGCGGAAACCAGGUCGGAUGCGAGCUGUUCGACACGCUCGCGAGGGAGGCGGCGGCGUCGUCGCCGAGCGUCCGCGACGAGAUUCACGAGGCGUUCUUCCGCAGCGGCGACGGCGCGGCGAGGCCGUCCUCCUCCUCCUCCUCCUCCUCCUCCCCCACCGCGCGCGCGGUGUUGAUCGACAUGGAACCGAAAGUCAUCGCGUCGUCGCUCAAGCGCGCGCGGCGCUCGUCGCACAGAUGGCGGUACGACGCGAACAGCGCGCUCGCGUUCCAGAGCGGCAGCGGGAACAACUGGGCGCGCGGGUACAACACCUACGGCGGCCUCGUGCGCGACGAAGCCCUGGAGCUCGUUCGACGCGAGGCGGAGCGAUGCGACCACCUCGGCGGAUUCCUCCUGACGCAGUCGCUCGCGGGCGGCACCGGCGCCGGCCUCGGCGCGUUCGUCGCCGAGGCGAUCCGCGACGAGCACCGCGGCGCGACGAUCCUGAACCACUGCGUGUGGCCGUACGAGAGCGGCGAGGUCAUCGUGCAGUGCUACAACACGCUGUUGACGUUAUCGACGCUGCUGAACGUGUCGGACGGCGUGUGCGUCGUGCAAAACGAACAGCUCCAUCGCGCGUGUGUCGGCGCGCUGAAGAUUAAGCGGCCGACGUUCGACGACAUGAACGGCGUCGCCGCGACGCAGCUCGCGGGGGUGUUACUCCCGAGCGUCGCGAGGGGUGUAACACCCGCGGGCGGCGCGGGAUGCGGACGGAAGCUGAUGCUGCUCCACGACGUUUCGCGCGGGGCGUGCUGCGACCCGACGAUGCGUCUUCUGUCGCUGCGGUCCGUGCCGAUGAUGCCGCAGACGAGCGUGGACUUCACGACGUUCGCGUGGCCCGGGCUGAUCAAGCGCGCGCGGCAGAUGUUACUCACGGGGACGACGUUGGAGGAAGGGUUAGACUGGGGGGUGGAGCCCGGCGGCGACGGCGGCGGGCGCGUCGUCACGAGGUGCCUCGCCGCGAUGGCGUUUCUAAGAGGGAAGGGCGCGGAGGACGCGGACGUCGGCGCGUUGUCCGACCCGCGGCUGUUCCCAACGUGGACGCCGUCGCCGCUGUCUGUAUCGCACUCUGGGGCGCGAUUCUGCGGGUACGACGCGUCGUUGACGCUGCUGAGCAACUGCCAGAGCGCGUGUCCGCCGAUCGGGCGGAUGCUCGCGAGGGCGUAUCAGAUGAAGCACGCGGGCGCGUAUCUGCAUCAGUACGCGGAGCACGGCGUCGGCGAGGGCGAGUUCGACGAGGCGUUCGGGCGCGUGGAGGACGUCCUGGCGGCGUACAGGGCGAUGUGA